CGUGUGUGUGUUUUGCAUUACAUGUAUGCCAAGGAGAUAAGAAAGGUAAAGUAAGUAUUCCAGAACAUAGGAAAAAUGAUGAAAAGCACUCCAGAUAUGUUACUGUGUUCUUCAACUACUACUGAUCAUAAGCAAAUUCCUCUUCUGGGGUUUGGAACAGCUGUUUAUCCAUUUGUAUCCUCUGAAACCAUGAAACAGUCCAUCCUCCAAGCAAUCAAAUUUGGUUACCGACACUUCGACUCCGCGGCUCUAUACCGAUCAGAGCAGCCUCUUGGAGAAGCGAUUGCUGAUGCCAUACGCCUAGGCUUUAUUCAAUCUCGCCAAGACCUCUUCAUCACCUCUAAGCUUUGGUGUUCUGAUGCUCAUCGUGAUCAUGUCCUUCCCGCAAUACAAAAGUCACUCAAGAAUCUUGGAUUGGAAUAUCUUGAUCUCUAUCUUGUUCACUGGCCAGUGAGCUCGAAGCCAGGGAAAUAUGAGUUGCCUGUAAAUAAGCAAGAGCUUCUUCCCUUGGAUUUCAAGUCUGUUUGGGAAGCAAUGGAGGAGUGUCAGAGUCUUGGCCUCACAAAAUCCAUUGGAGUCAGUAAUUUCUCAUGCAAGAAGCUCCAACUAUUGCUAUCAACUGCAAAGAUCCCUCCAGCUGUCAACCAGGUUGAGAUGAACCCACUUUGGCAACAGAAGAAGCUAAGAGAUUUUUGUGAGAAAAAUGGUAUUCAUGUCACAGCUUACUCUCCUUUGGGUGCCAAAGGAACACUUUGGGGAAGUAACCAAGUCAUGGAAUGUGAGGUACUCAAACAGAUUGCAAAAGCUAGAGGAAAAUCUGUUGCCCAGGUUUGUCUUAGAUGGGUUUAUGAGCAAGGAGUGAGUGUUCUGGUGAAGAGCUUUAACGAGGAGAGGAUCAAAGAGAACCUUCACAUAUUUGAUUGGGAGCUAAGCGCACAAGACUCCGAGAUGAUAAAUCAAAUUCUGCAGCGUAAAGGAUUUCCUGGAGUUGAGUUCAUAUCAGAUGUUGGCCCAUAUAAAUCUCUUCAGGAUUUAUGGGAUGGUGAAAUUGCUUGAACAUGUAGCCAAAAACACAGACUUUUUUUUUGGAACGAAAGUAAUGCUAGACUUGAGGAAAGAAAUAUGAAGUAAAGUUUCACGGAGCUUUUCGAAAUAAUUUAGUAUGGUUGGUAACAAAAUACGAAAAGUUACUUAUCUUAAUGUAAGGUUGUUUUAAUUUUGAAAUCCUAGUUUGCAAAUAGUAUAAACUUAGGCCACGUUUAUUUAACGAAU